GGCCAUGAAGGGAGCCUCAGUACUUUUCGUCCUCACUGCGAUCGCCCCACUAUGUUCCGUAAUGGAAACGGGUGGGUGGACCGAGCAUGACCCGUCAAGUGAUCCAAAGUAUUUGGAGCUCGCCCACUUUGCGAUUUCUCAACACACAAAUGACCAGAGUAAUUACAACACAGUCUUGGUGCUGCUGAAAGUAAGGACGCAGGUUGUCAACGGACUGAACUACGAAUUGGUGUUCGAAAUUGCCCCGACCAACUGUCCCGUCGCCGACGGUGGUUACUCUAGAGAGUUAUGCACUCCUACAGAUAACAAGGCCGCCGCAGUCUGCACUGCGAUAGUCUACGAGCGUCCAUGGGACGACUACAGGAAACUCCAAUCCAUGAAAUGCGAGUAGUAAAUCACAUUUGCUCACAUGGACCGUAGGCCGUUGGUCAAG